CGGAGGAGGAGGAGGAGGAGGAGGAGGAGGAGGAGGAGCGGAGCGGGGGCCCGUUACCGCCAUGGCCAAGAGCCGCAGGGCCGCCAGGAACAGCUGGGGUGGGUUUUCAGAAAAGGCCUACGAGUGGAGCUCAGAAGAGGAGGAGCCCGUGAAGAAGGCGGGACCAGUUCAGGUCCUCAUCGUCAAAGAUGACCACUCCUUUGAACUGGAUGAAACUGCCCUGAACCGGAUUCUUCUCUCAGAGGCCGUCAGGGACAAAGAAGUUGUUGCGGUGUCUGUGGCUGGAGCGUUUAGGAAAGGAAAAUCUUUUCUGAUGGACUUCAUGUUGCGAUACAUGUACAGCCAGGAGUCUGUUGACUGGGUUGGAGAUUACAACGAACCACUGACUGGAUUUUCAUGGAGGGGUGGAUCUGAGCGAGAGACUACAGGCAUUCAGAUAUGGAGCGAAAUUUUUCUUAUCGAUAAACCCAAUGGUAAAAAGGUUGCCGUAUUAUUGAUGGACACUCAGGGGACUUUUGAUAGCCAGUCAACUCUGAGGGAUUCCGCUACAGUAUUUGCCCUGAGCACCAUGAUCAGUUCAAUCCAGGUCUACAACCUGUCCCAGAAUGUCCAGGAAGAUGACCUACAGCACUUACAGCUUUUCACCGAAUAUGGGAGACUAGCCAUGGAGGAGACAUUUCUGAAACCGUUUCAGUCUCUAAUAUUCCUUGUCCGGGACUGGAGCUUCCCUUACGAAUUUUCCUACGGAGCCGAUGGAGGUGCCAAAUUCUUGGAAAAGCGUCUCAAGGUCUCAGGGAACCAGCACGAAGAACUGCAAAAUGUCCGAAAACACAUCCAUUCCUGCUUCACCAAAAUUUCCUGCUUUCUGCUACCUCACCCGGGUUUGAAAGUUGCCACCAACCCCAAUUUCGAUGGGAAACUAAAAGAAAUAGACGAUGAAUUCAUAAAAAACUUGAAAAUACUGAUUCCCUGGCUACUUAGACCCGAGAACUUAGAUAUUAAAGAAAUCAACGGAAAUAACAUCACCUGUCGAGGUCUUGUGGAAUACUUCAAGGCUUAUAUAAAGAUCUAUCAAGGAGAAGAAUUGCCACACCCCAAAUCGAUGCUACAGGCUACCGCCGAAGCUAAUAACUUGGCAGCCGUGGCCACUGCCAAAGACACAUACAACAAGAAAAUGGAAGAGAUCUGUGGUGGGGACAAACCGUUUCUGGCUCCCAGCGACCUGCAGAGCAAGCACCUGGAGCUCAGGGAGGAGUCCGUCAAGCUGUUCCGCGGGGUCAAGAAGAUGGGCGGGGAGGAGUUCAGCCGCCGCUACCUGCAGCAGCUGGAGAGCGAAAUCGACGAGCUGUACAUCCAGUACAUCAAGCACAACGACAGCAAGAACAUCUUCCAUGCGGCCCGCACCCCGGCCACCCUGUUCGUGGUCAUCUUUAUCACCUACGUGACUGCUGGGGUGACCGGAUUCAUUGGCUUGGACAUCAUAGCCAGCCUGGGCAACAUGAUAAUGGGACUGACCCUCAUCACCCUGUGCACCUGGGCCUAUAUCAGAUACUCUGGGGAGUACCGAGAGCUGGGAGCUGUAAUAGACCAAGUGGCUGCCGCCCUGUGGGACCAGGGAAGCACAAAUGAGGCACUGUACAAACUUUACAGCGCAGCAGCAACCCACAGACACUUGUAUCACCACGCAUUUCCGGCACCGAAGUCAGAGUCUACCGAAGAUUCAGAAAAGAAGAAAAUGUAAUAGCUAUUUUUUUUUUUAAAUAUAGGCGCAUGACCAGUGUACCAGGUGUGGGUACCCCUACACCCCAUCUGGAAGUCCUUCUCUAUUGGAAAAGGGAAAGUAAAAAAGCCAGUCACUUUAAAAGAUUCCAUAAUGUAUUUGUUUUAAGUUUGACUCCAGUGUUUAACAAACAGAUGUACGCAUGGUUAUCUCACUGUUACUAUGUACAUAAUUUCUGAAAUUUCUUGGUGGGGAGGGGGGGACGGGACUAUAUGCUGCCAAAAUUGACUAUCGAACGAAUGAGUAUUUGUCUAUUUAUGAAUACGUGUGUUCCACUUCUAGUUGCUAACACUAGCAGGUAACAAUGAUGCCCUGUGGUUGGCAUCACCACACGGGUGGUCCCGUGACACGGCUUCUGCCAAAAUAUACCAAGGAUUGCUCCCCUCCCCAAUCCAGCUGGCUGGAGAAGCUGAGGGCGGACCCGAUGGGCUUGGCUUGGCUUCUGCCUGAUGCUCCAUGAACCUGCUGUUCUCCCUGGCCCCCGUGAGACAUCACAUCUGUUUGCUUUGUCAACGUCUGAAAAGGUAUUUCCUCCUCUACGGUAGCGUGUAAGCUAAAACUAUGGGGUCAGAAAUGCCCUGCAGUUCAUUUUGUACAUGUAUUUGAGAGUUUCACUGUGCUGUAUAUUUUUUUCAUUUAGUGCCCAGAAAAUGUACCCCUCACAGGUUUAUUCUUUUAACAUGUUGAUGUACUAUUAAAGUUUACUUUGGUUCCUAAGAUGCAGAUU